AUGAUUGUAGCUUGCGACCUCGCAGGAGUUUCAGGACCGGGAUCUCACGCGCAUGCGAAGCAGCUCUGGUUUAGAGCGCUGCUGCGGGAGCCCACACGACAGGUCUCCGCCCGGCGUCCGGAGUCAGAGCCUGACAUCAUCCCUUGCCAUUCGGUCGGAGUCCUGCCAAAACCUGAUCUGCUCAAAGACUGUGUGCCACGGCACGCCCCGAUCAGCAUCAAAUUUCUUGCAGACCUGCGGCACGCCAUGCAGCGAAGUGUCAAGCACAAGGGGGCCAAGAUGGACCAAAGGGGGCGCACCCGGAUCUACCCGGGUAAGGGCGAUGCAGGCCGGGCCCCCCAAGGGAAAAUUGCGAAAACGGCCCACGAUGAUUUAAUCACCGGCCUUCGCCGCCAGAUGGCGUUGAAUGUGUAG